AUGGAGGCGUUUGGAGGGACGGAGGGCCCAUUGCCCCACGCGGAAGCUGAGCCACGAACACAAGUCACCAGCGAGACAGAUGUGACUCGAGCGCUGGACCUUGCGAGAGCCGAGUUCGGAUCGACCCCCUUCGUCGCGGUCAACUGCGCCGGCAUCGGCUACGCCAAACGCACCAUCUCAAGGUGUGUUGUGCGACUUGGUUGUUCCAUGUGGUAUGCAUGGCGCAUCACUAAGAAGCAAGUAGCAUGACUCGCUGUACUCUAGAAGUACUACGGGGGCACGAAAACUGUUCCUCACACGGGAUCAUGAAGUUUCCUGGUUGAAUCGAUUUCGCAUGCUUCGGCAGGUUUCAUGCCGCCUCAACCUGCACGCGACACGCACUGUCCCCGCAAAACGCAAGUGGCUGAUCCACUGCCGGUGCCCUGUCUUGUACAACUCCCAGGUUGCUUGUGUGAGGACAAAAAAACAGUGAU